AUGGUGACCAGGGAGCAGGUCGCCCUGGGAUUUACCGUGCUCUUAGCGUCCUACACGAGCCACGGGGCGGACACCAAUGUGGCAGCUGGGAACGCGAAGGAAACCCGAGCCAGCCGGGCCAAGAGAAGAGGCGGCGGCGGACACGACGCGCUGAAAGGACCCAAUGUCUGUGGAUCACGUUAUAACGCUUACUGUUGCCCUGGAUGGAAAACCUUACCUGCUGGAAAUCAGUGUAUCGUUCCCAUCUGCCGGCAUUCUUGUGGGGAUGGAUUUUGUUCUAGGCCGAAUAUGUGCACUUGCCCAUCUGGUCAGAUAGCUCCUUCCUGUGGCUCCAGAUCCAUCCAACACUGUAAUAUUCGCUGUAUGAAUGGAGGUAGCUGCAGCGAUGAUCACUGUAUAUGCCAGAAAGGAUACAUAGGGACUCACUGUGGACAACCUGUCUGUGAAAGUGGCUGUCUCAACGGAGGCAGGUGUGUGGCCCCAAACCGAUGUGCGUGCACUUACGGCUUUACUGGACCCCAGUGUGAAAGAGAUUACAGGACGGGCCCGUGCUUCACUGUGGUCAGCAACCAGAUGUGCCAGGGACAGCUCAGCGGGAUUGUCUGCACAAAAACCCUCUGCUGCGCCACCGUGGGCCGAGCCUGGGGCCACCCCUGCGAGAUGUGCCCUGCCCAGCCCCACCCCUGCCGCCGUGGCUUCAUUCCCAAUAUCCGCACAGGAGCUUGUCAAGAUGUGGAUGAAUGCCAGGCCAUCCCUGGGCUCUGUCAAGGAGGAAAUUGCAUCAAUACUGUUGGAUCUUUUGAGUGCAAAUGCCCUGCUGGACACAAAUUUAAUGAAGUGUCACAAAAAUGUGAAGAUAUUGAUGAGUGCAGCACCAUUCCUGGAAUCUGUGACGGGGGCGAAUGUACAAACACAGUCAGCAGCUACUUUUGCAAAUGUCCCCCCGGUUUCUACACCUCUCCCGAUGGCACCAGGUGCAUAGACGUUCGCCCAGGAUACUGUUACACGGCUCUGGCAAACGGGCGCUGUUCUAACCAGCUGCCACAGUCCAUAACCAAAAUGCAGUGCUGCUGUGAUAUCGGCCGAUGCUGGUCUCCGGGGAUCGCCCUCGCCCCUGAAAUGUGUCCCAUCAGAGCAACUGAGGAUUACAACAAGCUGUGCUCUGUCCCUAUGGUGAUUCCCGAGAGACCAGGAUAUCCUCCCCCACCCAUUGGCCCCAUUCCUCCAGUUCACCCUGUUCCUCCUGGCUUUCCUCCGGGACCUGGCGUUCUAGGCCCUCGACCACCAGUGGACUAUCCGUAUCCAUCUCGGGAACCACCAAGGGUGCUGCCAGUCAACGUCACUGAUUACUGCCAGUUGUUUCGUCACCUCUGUCAAAACGGACACUGCAUUCCAACUCCUGGGAGCUACCGGUGUGAGUGCAACAAAGGAUUCCAGCUGGACAUUCGUGGGGAAUGCAUCGAUGUGGAUGAAUGUGAGAAAAACCCGUGUGCCGGGGGAGAGUGCAUUAAUAACCCGGGCUCCUACACCUGCCAUUGCCGCACCGGCUACCAGAGCACGCUCACCCGGACGGAGUGCCGAGACAUUGAUGAAUGUUUACAGAACGGCCGGAUAUGCAAUAAUGGACGUUGCAUCAACACAGACGGCAGUUUCCAUUGUGUGUGUAAUGCGGGCUUUCAGGUUACACGAGAUGGGAAGAACUGUGAAGAUAUGGAUGAAUGCAGCAUACGGAACAUUUGCCUUAAUGGAAUGUGUAUCAAUGAAGAUGGCAGUUUUAAAUGUAUUUGCAAACCUGGAUUUCAGCUGGCAUCAGAUGGGCGUUACUGUAAAGAUAUUAACGAGUGUGAAACACCGGGGAUCUGCAUGAACGGGCGUUGUGUCAACACUGAUGGCUCCUACAAAUGUGAAUGCUUUCCAGGACUGGCCGUGGGGCUGGAUGGGCGAGUGUGUGUUGACACACACAUGCGGAGCACAUGCUACGGUGGAUACAAGAGAGGCCAGUGUGUCAAGCCCUUGUUUGGUGCUGUUACUAAAUCGGAAUGCUGCUGUGCCAACAUUGAGUAUGCAUUUGGGGAACCUUGCCAGCCGUGUCCUGCACAGAACUCAGCGGAGUAUCAGGCACUCUGCAGCAGUGGGCCAGGAAUGACCUCAGCAGGCAGCGAUAUAAACGAAUGUGCAUUAGAUCCUGACAUUUGUCCGAAUGGAAUUUGUGAAAACCUCCGUGGGACCUACAAAUGUAUCUGCAAUUCAGGAUACGAAGUGGAUUCAACUGGGAAAAACUGUGUUGAUAUUAAUGAGUGUGUAUUGAACAGUCUACUUUGUGACAAUGGACAAUGUCGGAACACUCCUGGAAGUUUUGUCUGUACCUGCCCCAAGGGAUUUAUAUACAAACCUGAUCUAAAAACCUGUGAAGAUAUCAAUGAAUGUGAAUCCAAUCCUUGCAUUAAUGGAGUCUGCAAAAACAGCCAAGGCUCUUUCAUCUGUGAAUGUUCUCCUGAAAGUACUUUGGAUCCAACAAAAACCAUCUGCAUAGAAACCAUCAAGGGCACUUGCUGGCAGACUGUCAUCGAUGGGCGGUGUGAGAUCAACAUCAAUGGAGCCACCUUAAAGUCUGAGUGCUGUUCCUCCCUUGGUGCUGCCUGGGGGAGCCCCUGUACCAUAUGCCAAGUCGAUCCCGUAUGUGGUAAAGGCUUUUCAAGAAUAAAAGGAACACAAUGUGAAGAUAUCAAUGAAUGUGAGGUGUUCCCAGGAGUCUGCAAAAAUGGCGAAUGUGUGAACACCAGGGGAUCCUUUAAGUGCCAGUGUCCCAGUGGGAUGAGUUUGGAUUCCACCGGGAGGAUCUGCCUGGAUAUCCGCAUGGAAACCUGCUUCCUGAGGUACGAUGACGAGGAGUGCACGCUGCCCAUUGCCGGCCGCCACCGCAUGGACGCCUGCUGCUGCUCUGUGGGGGCGGCCUGGGGUACGGAGGAAUGUGAGGAGUGUCCCAUGAGAAACACGCCUGAGUAUGAGGAGCUCUGCCCCAGAGGACCCGGAUUUGCCACAAAAGAUAUUACAAACGGAAAACCUUUCUUCAAAGAUAUCAAUGAAUGCAAGAUGAUUCCCAGCCUCUGCACCCACGGCAAGUGCAGAAACACCAUUGGCAGUUUUAAGUGCAGGUGCGACAGUGGCUUUGCUCUUGACUCUGAAGAACGGAACUGCACAGACAUUGAUGAGUGCCGCAUAUCUCCUGACCUCUGUGGCCGUGGCCAGUGUGUGAACACCCCAGGGGACUUUGAAUGCAAGUGCGACGAAGGCUAUGAAAGUGGAUUCAUGAUGAUGAAGAACUGCAUGGAUAUUGACGAGUGUCUGCGAAAUCCCCUCCUGUGCCGAGGAGGCGCUUGCCUGAACACCGAGGGAAGUUACCGCUGUGAAUGUCCUCCUGGUCAUCAGCUGUCCCCCAACAUCUCAGCAUGUAUUGACAUCAACGAGUGUGAACUGAGUGCGAACCUCUGUCCUAAUGGCCGGUGUGUGAACCUCAUAGGGAAAUAUCAGUGUGCCUGCAACCCUGGGUAUCAUUCAACUCCCGACAGGCUGUUUUGUGUGGACAUUGAUGAAUGCAGCAUAAUGAAUGGUGGUUGUGAGACCUUCUGUACAAACUCUGAAGGUAGCUAUGAAUGUAGCUGUCAGCCGGGAUUUGCACUAAUGCCUGACCAGAGGUCAUGUACUGACAUUGAUGAGUGUGAAGAUAACCCCAAUAUCUGUGAUGGUGGUCAGUGCACCAACAUACCUGGAGAGUACAGGUGCUUGUGUUAUGAUGGAUUCAUGGCAUCUGAAGACAUGAAGACUUGUGUAGAUGUUAAUGAAUGCGACUUGAAUCCAAAUAUCUGCCUAAGUGGAAGCUGCGAAAACACGAAAGGCUCAUUUAUCUGCCACUGUGACAUGGGAUAUUCAGGCAAAAAAGGAAAAACUGGCUGUACAGACAUCAAUGAAUGUGAAAUCGGAGCACACAAUUGCGACAGACACGCCGUAUGUACCAACACAGCAGGAAGCUUCAAAUGCAGCUGCAGCCCCGGAUGGAUCGGAGAUGGCAUUAAGUGCACUGAUCUGGAUGAAUGCUCCAAUGGAACCCACAUGUGCAGCCAGCAUGCAGACUGUAAGAAUACCAUGGGCUCCUACCGCUGCCUCUGUAAGGAAGGGUACACAGGCGAUGGCUUCACUUGCACAGAUCUGGAUGAGUGCUCUGAGAAUCUGAACUUGUGCGGCAAUGGCCAGUGCCUGAACGCCCCGGGAGGAUACCGCUGUGAAUGCGACAUGGGCUUUGUGCCCAGUGCUGACGGGAAAGCCUGCGAAGAUAUUGAUGAGUGCUCCCUUCCAAACAUCUGUGUUUUUGGAACUUGUCACAAUCUUCCUGGCCUGUUCCGUUGUGAGUGUGAGAUUGGCUAUGAACUGGACAGAAGUGGCGGGAACUGCACAGAUGUUAAUGAAUGUCUGGAUCCAACCACGUGUAUCAGUGGGAACUGUAUCAACACUCCAGGCAGCUAUACCUGUGAUUGUCCACCUGAUUUUGAGCUGAAUCCGACUCGAGUUGGCUGUGUCGAUACCCGCUCUGGAAAUUGCUAUUUGGAUGUUCGACCUCGAGGAGACAAUGGAGAUACUGCCUGUAGCAAUGAAAUCGGAGUGGGUGUUUCCAAAGCAUCCUGCUGCUGUUCUCUGGGGAAAGCCUGGGGUACUCCUUGUGAGCUUUGCCCUGCUGUGAACACCUCUGAGUACAAAAUUCUUUGUCCUGGUGGAGAAGGUUUUCGACCCAACCCCAUCACUGUUAUACUGGAAGACAUUGACGAGUGCCAGGAGCUUCCAGGGCUGUGCCAGGGCGGCAAAUGCAUCAACACCUUCGGUAGUUUCCAGUGCCGCUGUCCCACGGGCUACUUCCUGAAUGAAGAUACCCGAGUGUGUGAUGAUGUGAAUGAGUGUGAAACUCCAGGAAUCUGUGGUCCAGGGACAUGUUAUAACACCGUUGGCAACUACACCUGCAUUUGCCCUCCAGACUACAUGCAAGUGAAUGGGGGCAAUAAUUGCAUGGAUAUGAGAAGAAGUUUGUGCUACAGAAACUAUUAUGCUGACAACCAGACCUGUGACGGAGAACUGUUGUUCAAUAUGACCAAGAAGAUGUGCUGCUGUUCCUACAAUAUUGGCCGAGCCUGGAAUAAGCCCUGUGAACAGUGUCCCAUCCCCAGCACAGACGAAUUUGCUACACUCUGUGGAAGUCAAAGGCCAGGCUUCGUCAUUGACAUUUACACCGGCUUACCUGUUGAUAUUGAUGAAUGCCGGGAGAUCCCGGGGGUCUGUGAAAAUGGAGUGUGCAUCAACAUGGUUGGCAGCUUCCGAUGUGAAUGCCCAGUGGGCUUCUUCUAUAAUGACAAGCUGUUGGUUUGUGAAGAUAUCGAUGAGUGUCAGAACGGCCCGGUGUGCCAGCGCAACGCCGAGUGCAUCAACACCGCCGGCAGUUACCGCUGCGAGUGCAAGCCCGGCUACCGCUUCACUUCCACGGGGCAGUGCAAUGAUCGCAAUGAGUGUCAAGAAAUCCCCAACAUAUGCAGCCAUGGACAGUGUAUUGACACAGUCGGAAGCUUUUAUUGCAUUUGUCACACUGGUUUUAAAACAAAUGCUGAUCAAACCAUGUGUUUGGACAUAAAUGAGUGUGAAAGAGAUGCCUGUGGAAACGGAACUUGCAGAAAUACAAUUGGCUCCUUCAACUGCCGCUGCAAUCACGGUUUCAUCCUCUCUCACAACAAUGACUGCAUAGAUGUUGAUGAAUGUGCAACUGGAAACGGGAACCUUUGCAGAAAUGGCCAGUGCAUCAAUACUGUGGGGUCCUUCCAGUGUGAGUGUAACGAAGGCUACGAGGUGGCUCCGGAUGGCAGAACUUGUGUGGAUAUCAAUGAAUGUGUUCUAGAACCCGGAAAAUGUGCACCAGGCACCUGUCAGAACUUAGAUGGGUCCUACAGGUGUAUUUGUCCACCUGGAUACAGUCUACAAAAUGACAAGUGUGAAGAUAUUGAUGAGUGUGUGGAAGAGCCAGAAAUCUGUGCCUUGGGCACAUGCAGUAACACUGAAGGCAGCUUCAAAUGCCUGUGCCCAGACGGGUUCUCUCUGUCCUCUACUGGAAGAAGGUGCCAAGAUUUGCGAAUGAGUUACUGUUAUGCGAAGUUUGAAGGAGGAAAGUGUUCAUCACCCAAAUGCUGGGGAGAUCCCUGUGAGCUGUGUCCCACUGAGCCCGAUGAGGCCUUCCGCCAGAUCUGUCCCUAUGGAAGUGGGAUCAUUGUGGGACCUGAUGAUUCAGCAGUUGAUAUGGAUGAAUGCAAAGAACCUGAUGUCUGUAAACACGGGCAGUGUAUCAACACGGAUGGCUCCUACCGCUGCGAGUGCCCCUUUGGUUACAUUCUGGAGGGGAAUGAAUGUGUAGAUAUUGAUGAAUGUUCUGUGGGCAAUCCUUGUGGAAAUGGAACUUGCAAGAAUGUGAUUGGAGGGUUUGAAUGCACCUGUGAGGAAGGAUUUGAGCCUGGUCCAAUGAUGACUUGUGAAGAUGUAAACGAGUGUGCCCAGAAUCCUCUGCUCUGUGCUUUCCGGUGUGUAAACACUUAUGGGUCGUAUGAAUGCAAAUGUCCUGCUGGCUAUGUCCUGAGAGAAGACAGGAGGAUGUGCAAAGACCUGGAUGAGUGUGAAGAGUUGAAACAUGACUGUGCUGAAAAGCAAAUGGAAUGCAAGAACCUCAUUGGCACGUAUAUCUGCAUCUGCGGACCUGGGUAUCAGCGCACACCUGACGGGGAAGCCUGCGUAGAUGAGAAUGAAUGUCAGACCAAGCCAGGCAUCUGUGAGAAUGGGCGCUGCCUCAACACGCGGGGGAGCUACACCUGCGAGUGCAACGAUGGCUUCACAGCCAGCCCCGCCCAGGAUGAGUGCCUUGACAACCGGGAAGGGUACUGCUUCACGGAGGUGCUCCAGAACAUGUGCCAGAUCGGUUCGAGCAACAGGAACCCCGUCACCAAGUCGGAGUGCUGCUGUGACGGAGGGAGAGGCUGGGGUCCCCAGUGUGAGAUCUGCCCUUUCCAGGGGACUGUGGCUUUCAAAAAACUCUGCCCCCAUGGCCGAGGAUUCAUGACCAAUGGAACAGAUAUUGAUGAGUGCAGAGUUAUCCAUGACGUUUGCAAAAAUGGGGAAUGUGUCAAUGACAGAGGAUCAUAUCACUGCAUUUGUAAAACCGGCUACACUCCCGACAUCACGGGGACUGCCUGCGUAGACCUGAACGAAUGCAACCAGGCUCCCAAACCCUGCAAUUUUAUCUGCAAAAACACAGAAGGGAGUUACCAGUGUUCCUGCCCUAAAGGUUACAUUCUGCAGGAUGAUGGAAGGAGCUGCAAAGAUCUUGAUGAGUGUGCAACUAAGCAGCACAACUGUCAGUUCCUGUGUGUUAACACCAUUGGCAGCUUCGCUUGUAAAUGUCCUCCUGGCUUUACCCAGCACCACACUGCCUGCAUUGAUAACAAUGAGUGCACCUCGGACAUCAACCUGUGUGGGUCCAAGGGCAUUUGCCAGAAUACUCCUGGGAGCUUCACCUGUGAAUGCCAGCGGGGAUUCUCACUGGAUCAGAGUGGCGCCAGCUGUGAAGACGUGGACGAGUGUGAAGGAAACCACCGCUGCCAGCACGGCUGCCAGAACAUCAUCGGGGGCUACCGGUGCAGCUGCCCGCAGGGCUACCUCCAGCACUACCAGUGGAACCAGUGUGUUG